AUGAAUAGAGGAGUCCAGCCACAAUCAUUAUUGAUUCGCCUGGGAGGAGUUCAACGAACUCAGAGAGAUGAGCCUAACAGUGCCCCAAGCCAAAAUAGAGAGAGGAGAAGAAUGCAACUAUCUAAUCGGGAUCACAGUUCCGACCAUUCCUUUGAAGGCCGAAAGGUGAAGAAGUGUUUAGCCACACUCUCUGCGGAACAGUCUUAUCAAAGCGCUCUCUUUAACCAAUCAAGCAAGACAGAUGGAAUGAAAGAAAGAAAAAGUAGCUCCGCAGCUCGCCCAGAAGAAGAUAGACCCGCCACUAUAGAUUUGUCAAUCCCUGGGCUUGGCCAAAGGCAUACCCGGCAUACUAAGACUAAGAUGAAUCAUCUCAGUUCCUCAACAGGCCUAGUCCCUAAAUCCCUAAACUAA